AUUAUUCUUUUCUAGGUUAUUUUAUGUGCUGAGUUGAAAGCGUGCAUUAUCCUGCAAAUAUCGAAGUGACAUUGAAGAUCAGCUGGUUAGAUGUAUUCCUCGGCGUUCUUCUUUCUGCUAUUCACACAAGUGAUAAUAUGUGCAGUGGCUGAAGAGCAUACGAUCUACUGGAAUGUUUCCAAUAAUGAUUUCCGCUCCCCUGAUGUUGAGGAGUCGAACUCGAUCGUUGUUAACAUGGACGACACGUUGCGUGUGAUAUGUCCUGGUCCUGGAGCAGAAAAAAGAUAUCUGAAAAUACAUAAGGUCAGCGCCUUGUCCUAUGCGGACUGUCUUCUGGAAACUCAGAAGACGCUUGUUGUUGUCUGUGAUGGAGGAAGUUCUUCUCAAAAGCCUACUAUUAUUGGAAUCCGUCGGUACAGCCCAUUGCCUUCUGCCGAAUCUUUGCUUUUCGAACCUGGAGAGACAUAUUACUGGAUCUCUACAUCUAGUGGUACAAAAGAAGGUAUAAAUAACGCACAUUAUGGAAUGUGUGCUGCGGAUAAUAUGCGCCUAGUCAUACAUGUACGCCAACAUUCGGAUGUCCCUACUUCCACUAAAAGUAGUCGAUCCGAAAGCAGAGAAAGUCGUCGAAAUCCCCUGCAAGAUUUGGAAAGUAUCAACCCGAAGUUUUCUGCCAUUGCCCAUUCUCUUUCUCAACCGCAACGUCGUGAACAAAAAAUUCCUGAUGGUUUGAAUCAAGAACAAUUACAAAAGGUCGCUGCCUUAGCUCAACAGGGAGCGACCGGCACUUUCACUUUCGACACGCCAGCGGAGCAGGAACGAAAGGAAGCUACGGAUGCUGCCACAAAAAGUGAAAGUUCAUUUUGGGAUUCCAUACCAUUGAUGCAAGAUGUCUUCAGUGGUGCAUCUGACAGUAUACUUCUGGGAGCCAAUCGAAUUGGCAACGAAGAAGGUGCAUUUGUCGUGCACGAGGAUGUAGCACGGUCAUACGAGUAUCAAUCAAACACUACUGGGUCGCUUUCCGCUGGAUCUGUGCUCUGCGUUACUCUGCUUAGCCUACUGUGUAGCAUCAUUUGGUUAUAGCCGACAGCGCUUUCGAGAAGUUUUGUGCCUGAAUUGAGAUGUUUUUUACGCCAUUGGGUUACUGUAUUUGCCGGUUCUUUAACGGGUUUAUUAUCAGAGUAAUCGCCUGAAAGUCAGAUUUGUACACAUAACGAGCGUUUCUUUCCAUUGUUGAUUACAUCGAUGCUAACAAUAACCACCUUCUCGAUUUGUUUCGCUGUGAUUUUGUCGUAGGAGCUUCGCAUUUUGCUGCUCAUUAUUUAAGCAGGCACCCGAUUAGCGCAGUCAUCCUCAUUGUAGAGGAAUUUUGGUCGAUUUCCAUCUCUGUCAGAUUAGUAUUUUUCGAUCAUCGAUUAUUUUUGUAAUUUUGUUGAUAAGAUUGGGUUUAUCACAGAUGUCGUUUUGUUUUUUCUUUGUAUCACUUUGUGCAUGUUGUUGUAGUAAUAAGUCAGAUAAAUACUUUAUUAUCAC